AUGGAAGACAGACGCCUUUCCAGCGGCUCCCGGCAGCGAGGUCAAGGACAGCGAAAGAAGAGGGUCUGGACACAGAACCAACUGGCAGUCCUGAGGGCGGCGUUCGCAGAGAGCCCUUAUCCGGGCAUAGCGAGCCGAGAGCAGCUGGCCGAGAAGACAGGGGCCCCGGAGUUACAGAUCCACAUCUGGUUCGAGAAUGAGCGACAACACAAACGGGCGGCCGAACGCCCAGCCCUGGCAAGCGCAGGGGACCAGGCGGCAGGUGGCGGCGGGUCGGCCCAAGGAUGCAGCCCUCCUCGCAGGUGGACGGCCAUCACAGCCACUGAGAGCAGGGUUAUAUAU